AUGCUAUUGAAUCUUGGCCUUACAGCGGAUGUCGCAGCUGCCCAUGUAACUGAACCUUUCAGCCAACCAGAACCACAACCUCCCACCUCUGCCAUCUACUCGCCAACCUUCUCACUCGCUACCUUGCCGUUGUUGAACUCUUUUUACAAUCGUCCCAAGCUUCCGGAUGGUUCUACUGAUUGCCCAGGGCUUGUGUCCUCUAUGGCAAUGAGUUCAAUCGAGUCGGCCUCCGACUCAGGUGAAGGAUCAACUGUUGUUGCCAGGACCCGAGCCACCCAUUCAAGCACAGGCCGGAAGCCCCGACCCAAAACCACCUACCAGUUCGCCCAUCCUGCCGGUCAUGCUCGUCACAAGCGGUUGAGACUUCGCCCCAAACUCCUCCUACAACUACAACAGGUGUCGCAGACUCCCCGGCCCCUACCAGUAGUAGAUGUCCUUCCAUCCAAAUCUUUUCCACCGAUUCUAUCUCGCAAGUUCCCGGCCAUUUAUCGAACCAGAACCGGACUAGGUCCGUAUGACCUGAUCGUUGUCAUUAGCGAACAAUACGACCGCACAGUAGGCACCAUUCCCGAGAAACAAGUCAGCUCAGAGGAUGAGGACGAAGAUCAUCGCGAGGUCGUCGCCACAAUCUGCCAAAAGGUGCAAGAGGAUGAGCGGCUCAAAGGAAAGGCAGAGAUAUGUUUGAAUUUUGGGCCUGUUUGGGACGCGUCACCUCUCCCUAGCGGGUCCUACGAGUUUGUCGCCGAGACGGAUACCGGCGUGCAGAUUGUGCGGUGGGCUUUACGGAGUGGGAGAAACCGCCGGAUGACUGCGCCUUCGGGGACCCAGUCGAGUGAGGGUGGCAAACGCUUCACCUUCAGUGUCAUCGAUCCCACCACUCGCCGGCAUCCCGUUCUUGCUUCCAUGACUCGAAACCAGUUGGAAGUCAACAGUGAAUACUCCCCGGCUGUUCGAUCCAGCACUGGGCCCACAACUCCAAGCUCGGGAAUGUCGGUAGUGAGCGACCUAUCCGAUGGAGAAACACCUCUUAAUGGAAGCUCAGUCACCUUAGAUGAUGGACUGCGAACUUUAAUUAUUGUCACAGGAAUCUGGGUUGCCUUCCGUGAAGGAUGGUCAGACAAAUUCAAUUAUGCCGAUCGAGUGUCUACAACAGGUGCAAAGUCGAUCGUGUCUCCAUCUGCUACGACAGCCAAGAAUAGGUCGGACAGUUUCCCGGAAAGCGAUAAAGCUAGUCCAGGGAAAGAUCCAGCCAGUGGGGGCAAGCGCUGCAUGUCCAUCUCCAACAUGUACCGGUCGAGCACCCCAACCCCUGUAGAUGGAAGGCAAUCCGGUAGCCUAUCCAAGCGUUCUAACUCCACUGGUGCGGCAUUCAUGGAUCGAGCGAAGCGACGAUCUGCUUCUGGACUUAGCACUCGUUUGAACCGACACAGCAUGUUCACCACCUUGGGCGAGAACGGCCGCGAUAUUGUUGUCUCUCGCCCUCCUUCUAUCAUUCGCCAAAAUUCUGCUGAAAUGGAAGACACACCUCGGGCUAGUCAAUCCAACCCAAGAUCCCAUGCAAAGCCAGAAGAUGACACCCUCAAGUCAAAAUUGGGGUUAGACCGAGACAAUCCAACUUUUUCCCGCUUCACACAGCACAACAGCAUGCGCAAGAAGAAGCGGGAAUCUCUACUUCCCGACUCCGCCGACUCAAACCUCAACAAAGGCAAACUCCGCCAUCGCCUCAGCUCUAUCUUUGGCAUCUUUCACCGCAAACACGAUACUCAUUGA